CGCUUCCCUCUGGCAUUCAGGCUUUUGCGCUUCAUGCUUCCAGUGCGCCCUCCCCCGUGCCUGUCGUCCGGUUACUGGGGUCCAUCGGGGGCUCCCCCAGGUGAACACAAGGAUCACACCCAUACAACAGCCCGAACAAGGGGGGAUGACUGAAAGAAGUUGUGUGAUCCAGAAAACCCGGCGGUUCUGACGGUGCUGUUUCCAAGAGGCGCAGUCCUCCAUAAAACAAAAUGAUGUCUGCUAUAGAGACUGGUGCCCCCGUGUACCAACCUGCACAGCUGCUCAACUGGGUCUAUAUGUCUUUGCAAGACACUCAAAGCAGCACUUUCGAUGCGUUCAAAGCCGAGUCGGACGCCUCUCCUCAGGACAUGAGCAUCUCCAAGCGCAGCGCAGCUGAUCUGAGCGCCAACUAUCUCAACAACUUCUUCCAUCUGAGGAGUGAGGCCUUGAACAACAAUUUCUACAAGAGCUCCUCGCCCUACGGGUCCCUCAACAAUAUCGUGGACGGCCUAAGCUCUCUGGCGGACCAUUUCUCAGACCUCUCCCUGUCCCCCGAGACACGCAAGCCCAGCAAAAGGCCGCCGCCCAACUACCUGUGCCACCUCUGCUUCAACAAAGGCCAUUACAUCAAAGAUUGCCCUCAGGCUCGACCCAAAGGUGAAGGCCUGACCCCGUAUCAGGGAAAGAAGAGGUGCUUCGGUGAAUACAAAUGCCCAAAAUGCAAGAGGAAGUGGAUGAGCGGAAACUCCUGGGCCAACAUGGGACAAGAAUGUAUCAAGUGCCACAUCAACGUUUACCCUCAUAAGCAGCGACCUCUGGAGAAACCGGACGGGUUAGAUGUAUCGGACCAAAGCAAGGAGCAUCCACAACACCUGUGUGAAAAAUGCAAAGUCCUCGGCUACUACUGCCGCCGCGUGCAAUAACACACUCCACUCGCCUUACGUACUCCUCCAAAGUUGUGUCAAAAAGGGACGGUUAUAUUUUAAUUACUAAAUAGUUCUAUAGUUAACUUUAUUGUUCUGUAAUGCAUCUAACGGUUUAUUCUCUUUGACACUGUGACUCUCUGUAUAAGAGGCUCAUUUUUUAAAAGGUAUCUAUCAGUGGAGACGAGUACUUUGCAUCUGCUGGGUUCUUGUACCUUCCUCAGUUAUUAUCAUGUGAAUAUUCAUUUUGAAGUCUUAACAAUGAAACUGUGAAUUAAGAAACUUUAGCUCGGUGUCUGUCUUCAUUCACGUCCAAAGAGUUGGAACGAAAGCGAAGUUUCCAGAUGAAGAAGAUUCUCUUUUACAUGUUUGUAUAUUACAGAAAUAACUUAAGUGAAAUGUUUUCUGUAUAAAAUAUGCAACAAGUCUUUACUAAGAAGGAUAUGCAGUAUUAGCGUGUAUCUGCAUAUUACUAUUAUCUGUAUUAUCAGUACUGGAGGGUACAUAAUUUUUUGAACAUAUUUUUAAGCCAUUACUGUUUUGUUGAUUAUUACACUUUGUGAAGGAAUAUAUUAGCCAACUAACAUUUAUUCUUUAUAAGUACGUGCCUGUAUUUCUGAGGUUUGUCAUUUGUACAAAACUGUAAACCAAUGCAAUGAUCGACACCUUUCAUUUCCUCAACAAUAGAAUAAACUACAGCGUGGUUAUAUUUUAGCACACAGUGCUGAGACAGACUCACCAAAGUGCUUUUAUAUGGGUCAGAGGUUAAAAUGUCUCACAUGUAACAUGAGACAGAAAAGGAGUUUAAAUGUGAAUGUACCAAAGAUCAUGAGGGAUUAAAGGGACAGUUCAACUCAAAAUCCAAAAUACAUAUUUUUCAUAUUACCCAUAGUGCUGUUUAUCAGUCUAGAUUGUUUUGGUGUGGGUUGCUGUGUGUUGGAGAUAUCGGCUGUAGAGAUGUCUGCCUUCUCUCCAAUAUAAUGGAACUAGAUGGCACUCAGCUUGUGGUGCUCAAAGCACCGAAAAAGUACAACAAAAACAAAACAGCAAUGUCUCUUUCCAGUACGAAAGAAAGAAAAUAAACAAUCAUUGUCACGUUACAGCUGGAAAAAUAGAUUUCUGUAACAAGACAUUUUCAUGUUUUAACUAGAUAUUUUAACAUUUUUACAAAAUACAAACAUCACAUUAUCACAAGAAACUUUUAUUGUUAUUAAAAUUACUAUUUAUGCUGAGGUGAAAUGUAUCACAAUAAAAUAAUAUAAGUGAUCACGUUAUCAGUGAAGGUUGUGUUAUAACAAUAGAUUAUGAUGUUUUAACAAGAUUCACAUUGUGAUAAGAUAAGCAGUAUAUCAUUACAACAAUGUUACAACCUACCAAGUUUGUAUGCUGUGAUAAUGUAAAAAUAUCUUGUUAUAACAUGGAAAUAUCUUAAAAUAACCUGAAAAAAACAUCUUGUUUUAACAAAAAGUUUUCAUGUUACGACAUGAGAUUGUUCCUUUGUCUUUUUUCUGUGCAGCACCCUUUAGCGAAAAUAUGUCACCGGACACAUGUCAAGAGCAUGAGCCUUUUGUCCAUGAGUAGAUGCACACUUCCUUCAGCGUGUUGAUUCGGUUGGCAGGUGUCAAAAAUAGUUCCUACAUGAAACUGCUCACAACAAGGUCUGUGGAUUAUCUUGAGUAACCGGGUCAUGAUUUCUGGAAAGAGACAUUGCUGUUGAGUUUUACAAAUUUAUUUUUUGGUGCUCUGAGCACCACAAACCAAGUACCAUCUAGUUCCAUUAUAAUCGAGAGAAGGCAGACAUAUCUAUGUCCGAUAUCUCAAACACUCACCAACUCACACCAAAACAAUCUAGACUGAUAAACAGCACAACAGGUCACAGGAAGAAUAUGUAUUCGAGGGUGAACUGUCCCUUUAAGUGGAAGUUGCAUGUUGCUUUAGAAGCUCUUUGUAUCUCCUGGAAAUUGUGAUGAUGGAACAGACCCUCUGAUGUUUAACUGUUUAAGACGUGUGAAACACCGUUUAAUGUGCCUUAGUUUGAGUGACGUUUGGUGAAGCUGAUCCCUUGAUCUCCUAAAAUGUUUUUGUAUUAAAAUGUAUUUAAACAU